CUAUACGAUUACUUGAGGUCAAAGGACAGGUCAAGUUGAAUCAUUUUUCAAGGUACAUUCUUUGUAUACGUAGUAUUUGUACAAUGUCUAGCAAAGAGGAGAGGAAAUUAUUUGCUUAUGGACCAAUAACAGAAAAAGAUGAAAUUAUCAACGUCGCCUUACCAGGUGGCGAAGUGUCUGAGUAUCUCCUCACAGAUGAAUAUGAGACCAGGGUAAUUGAUAGAAAGUUUGGAUAUUAUCCUGAUCCGAGGGUAUUAAUACCUCAAACUCAAAACAUGGACGUUUAUGCUGAUGAUAUCUUUGUAUGCGCAUACCCCAAAUGUGGAACCCAUUGGGUGUGGGAAAUGUGCCAGAUGUUGGUAAAAGGCGAAGCUGAAUACCACCAGAAGGCUAAGGAAUCAUGUAUGAUGGAAUUUCAUCUCCCAGAAGAUUACAACGACUUACAGAGACCCAGAAUAUUCAAUACGCAUUUUACACCAAGAUGUUUACCAAAGAAAAUCCGUGAUAAAAAAUGUAAAAUGAUAUUAAUUCUACGUAAUCCGAAAGACAUAUUUACUUCACUGUACCAUCAUAUACUUGUGACGAAAUCGAUGGAUCAAAAUUUUGAUUUUCCCCAAUUUCUGCAAUACACAUUUGAAAAUAAUCGUGAUGUUUGUUCAAAUUGGUUCUUCUACAAUAAGAGAUGGUCAGAGUUUGUUUCAUCUACAGAUCAGCCUGUUCUAAUACUAAAUUACGAAGAUCUUAAAACGAACCUUAUUGAAUGUUUAUCAGAGAUUGGACAGUUCAUUGGUUAUCCAAGGGAUAUAGAGUUACUAAAAGAAAUAGAGGAUAAAUGUACCGUAAGCAAAAUGCGGGAAGCAGAAAAAAGACGAGAUAGUGGAACAGAGGUAUCGACUGGUGAAAGGAUUUCUAAUUUAUAUAGAAAAGGGGUGAUCGGAGACUGGAAAAAUCACUUUACAGUUGCUGAUAAUGAAAGGUUUGAUGCAUUCCUGAAGGAAAACAUGGAAGAAAAACACUCUUUACAAACUUUUAAACAAAAGUAGACUUUUUUUUCGUAUGCAUGUAAUAACUAUGUAUCGUCAGAGUUUUUUUAUCAAGCAAAUAUGGAAAACAAUGUUGUACUUGUUACUAAGUCGUUUUCUUGAGUCAAUGAGAGAAAAAUAUUUCACUAGUACCUAAGUAUUUUUAGUUAAUAGUAUGCUGUCUUACGAAUAAAUGCGUUCCUUAAAUUUUGAGAUUAAAUGUCCAUAGACAUAUUUAUUGUCAAGACAGCAUUAAAUUCAUGAAAUUUUGCAGCUUGGUAUUUAUUGUCCCUUGAAUGUAAAAUGAUAUAUAUUAUUUAUCAUUGAUUGAUAUCAAUGUAAGAAUACUUCAAACUUCUAUAUGCCUUUACAUGUCCUUUUGAAAAUUUGUUAUUAAAAUAUAUGAAUUUUGAUUGAAGUUGUAAGUCAAGAAACAUAAGUCUGUGUUUAAGAUAGUGUAUCAAAACUUAUAAUUGUAUUUUCUAUUUCUGUGUGUUGGAGGUGUAUUACAAGUAAUGUUCAAUAAAACAUUUUGUCGGGUGACAUUUGUGAAUUUAAUACGACCAACUUCACAUUUAAAAAAAGAGUUACCUAUUUGUAUAAUAGUAUUCCGAUAAAUCUUUGUGUAAAUUUAUCUGUUCUAAUCAUAAAAACUCCCUUUUGGUAUGUAGAGA